AUGGGAAACAAUCUUUCUCGUGCUUCGACUCCCCGACGCCAACUCUACGGAGAGGCCGCAGUCCCUCUUGCUCACCCGUUUACUCAAAGGCUAGGUUCUACUGCCGAAGUCCUCUCCAUGAAGAGCAACGACCGUCAGGGCCGCAGGCCUUCGAAAGGCAUAAGGCUCGCUACCCCUGAAGAGGCUGUCAGCCUUUACCAUUCGCAUCAAGCAGAACUUGCUAGUGCUCUUGCUGCUGCAGCUUCGCAGCAGCAGCAGGAGCAAGAGCAGCAAGAGGGGCAGCAACCUGCUAAUCAGAGUGCCGAGGCAGAGCAAGCCGAUGCAAACUCUGCCAGUGAUCUCAGCCAGGCAUCCCAGAAUGCCACUCAGGGAAGCAGCCAGCAGAAUGGCGGCCAAGGUAACAACUCCCAGGGUGCCCCAGCGGGACAAGCCGGGAGCGGUAGCAAUACAUUGCAAAACUCCUUGGUGCAGAAUGGCUCUGGCUCUGGCUCUGGCUCUGGCCCAAACUUGAAUCUUGGGCCGUCUGCGGGUUAUCACGGCCCCGUCCAUUACUCUACCAUCAUUGAUACCCCUCUCCACCCCUCUCACCCCUCUCACCCUGAAAGCGCGAGUGAAGGCUUGGUCCUCGGCUAUCAAACUCACAAGCAAGGGAUCCCUCCCCAGUACAGUAUCUACCACGGGGGCCGCAGGAUACCCUUGUUCAUUAGCCUUCAAAACGGCCAUUCGAUGAGCGCGUAUCCCAUCAUUCGAAACAGGGCUGACCCGCGACCAGUCACGCGCCCAGACCAUCCUCGGUUGAGCGGUCCUGCGCAGAGUAGACAGCCCCCUCCCAACAACGCGGAGUAUUGGUCCAGCCUGCAAGGGCGAUGCCAGAUCGCCGGCCAGAGAGUCCUCGAGGAUCGAGCCAGGAUCCCCCUCCCCCAGCUGGGCCAACGACCCGAACCCUGCCAUUUUCUUCAGUCCCACCAUGGGGGCUGUCGUGACGGUCAACGUGCAGGCAACCCCCGGCUGAACAAGAGCAGCAGAGCGGCGUCCUGGGCAGCAUCACGCGGUUCAUCACCCAGCCUCAUCCAGGACGUGAUCGGCCCAGAGGUCGAAUUAAUCGCCCCGCCACUCCGUAUCCGAAGAGGCUCCCGCCCCUCAGGAACUAUUCCGACGGCGAGCUUCCGCGUCGAGAAUAUAAUAUUCUCGUCACGGGAGAUCGCCGCGUCGGCGUCACAUCGUUCUUGCUUGAAUGGUCGCUCUUCGACGGCCACGAACUACUUGAAGCCCGCAAACUGCUGGCGGAAGAUCUUCCGCCAAGUCAAGUAUACGACGCACGUGGUCGUCAACAAGAAGAAGAUCAAGGUUGUCUUUUGGGACAUCCCCGUCGCCAGCCUUGACAAGAUGCAUCUUACCAACGAUGCUGGUUGGGAUGGCGCCAUUUUGUGCGGCGACGUGGGUCGUUUCGAGACCUUCAAGCCGUUGGCGACUGGGUUAUGGAAGACCAAUCGCGGCAGUGUCAAAGCCGCUGUUCCGGGGUCCUUGCCCGCCCAGGUCGUCGGGCUCAAGGGCGACACCUUGAGAACGUAUGGCCAGCACGUGGCCAACGAAGAGCUCGCGUAUUUGAGCGAGACCUGUGCCGACGCCAAGUAUAUCACGGUCUCCUCCAAGCUCAAUGACAACGUUCGGGAGUCGUUUGACGCGCUUCUUGAGCUAAUCCACAAAGAGCGUCGGAAUUAG